AUGGGAAAAUCAGUUUCCUCUGAAUUUGCUCGCUUCAUCAAUUCCCCCAACCGCGGGCCGCGCCGCCCCACCCAUCUGAGACCCGAAUCCAAAACCCGAUCCCCAUCCUCGGCACAACCCACCGUGUCGAGACCCGAAUCCCACCAUCUCAGGCUGACCACACGGCCGACUAGGGGGGCGGAGAGCUCGGAGGCGCAGCGGCGGACGCCGCUGGCGGAGGUGGUGGCGGACUGUGCCCAGCGCUGGUUCCAGGACACGCUCAAGCAGGCCAAGAAUGGCGACACGGCCAUGCAAGUGCUCGUGGGCCAGAUGUACUACAGCGGGUAUGGGGUCGCCAGAGAUACCAAAACGGCAAAAGCAUGGAUUAACAGGGCUGCAGGGAGUAGUCCAUCUGCGUGGAAAGUAGGCGAUAAGCAUCCCGGUAAUUGA